UCAAUGGGGGAGGAACACUGAAUAGGAGGGAGGAGCUCCUUCAGGACAUGCUGUCCUGAAGCUUUCUGUGCUUAGAGAAGAAAAUCUCACUGAGGAUUUACUGUUGAGACCUGCACUGAACACCUGGGAUCAUUUUGUUUUAAGAGUCAAUUUACAGGAAUAUUCACUCAGCGAUUCAGGAUCUGACAAGCUGUUGACUGCUGUACUUUUCUCCACUGAACUGGAGAUAUCCAAGAGUGUGUGUAAUAUGGGGAAACCUUUAAAUGGCAUAGAUCCUGGAAUCAAACUGAAGGGCUUCCGUUGUGUUUAAACCUGGCAGCAGCAUGCAAACCAAUUGGUAAACCGCCGUGGCCUGUCAAACCCCCACCCUUAUAGCCAAUAUCACCACCAACCCAGCUUUUGGGGGAUUCCAGACGCUUCCACUCUGACAACCUGCACCAAACAGAAUGGAUUUCAUCCUACCCAUAAGAAAUCAAGACCCGAUAGCAUAUUCCAGCUCUCCACCUCGCCUGGGCCCUCAAAGUAGGAGUACCAUGCACUUGUACCAUGGUGUCAAGAGAAAGCUACGGCCUGGACGGAUUUUGGGCUUUAUUAUCAGCCUGGUGGUUGUCUGCACAGUCUGUUCAUGGAGUGCCUUGAUGCUGGCCAAAUCAGUGACCACUCAGGUAGAUUCAGCUGCUGAACGCUCAGCAGAGGGAGCAAUGCCCCAAAGAACUCUUCUGCAGUACCAGAACCUUUCAGCAGCACCAGAGGAUACACCGGUGGCCAUGAAAUCCUCCAGUAUAGAGAUGAAUCAUGGGGACUACCCAACGGACUAUUUCAGUGUGGAGGACAGGCGCCAGGGCUACGUAGCGCUUCAUAUGUUUGGCAUGUUGUACAUGUUCAUAGCUUUAGCCAUUGUCUGUGAUGAGUUCUUUGUUCCUGCACUCACGGUCAUCACAGAGAAGCUGGAGAUCUCUGAUGAUGUAGCAGGAGCCACCUUUAUGGCUGCAGGUGGGUCUGCCCCAGAACUCUUCACAUCUGUUAUAGGAGUCUUCAUCUCCCACAGCAAUGUGGGUAUUGGUACCAUUGUGGGAUCGGCUGUCUUCAACAUCCUAUUUGUAAUUGGGAUGUGCGCCUUGUUCUCCAAAGAGGUGCUGAAUCUCACCUGGUGGCCUCUGUUCAGAGAUGUCUCAUUCUAUAUCGUUGGCUUGCUCAUGCUCAUCUAUUUCUUUUUGGAUAAUCAAAUUGUGUUGGAAGAAAGUGUUAGUCUGCUGCUAUUCUACACCUUCUAUGUAACUUUCAUGAAGUUCAAUGCCAAAUGCGAAUUGAUCAUCAGAAGCAUUUUGGGCAGCAACCAGGUGGACGAGCUGGAGAAUGCACAGAAGGUAAAUGCCCCAAGUGAUGACGAGAACAAGCUUACGGCUAAACCCAGGCUGCAGAGGGAAGGCAGCUGUGCUUCUCUACACAACUCGCUGAUGAGAAACAGCAUCUUCCAGCUCAUGAUACACACACUGGAUCCCCUCAGUAAUGAGGGUAUGAGUCAUUUUAAAGAGAAGGCUUCAAUCCUUCACAAAAUGGCCAAGAAGAAGUGUAAAGAAGAUGGUCCCACUGCCAACGGAGUAGCUGAUAAAAAGAUCACAAACAGUACAAAUGUUGCAGUGGAAGUUACACCACCAAUGAAUGGUGCUGCAGGAGGAGAUGAGGGUGGUGAGGAAGAUGAAGAUGAAGACAAGCCUUUGAGCCUGGCAUGGCCUGACACCCCCAGGAAACAAAUCACCUACCUCUUGAUCCUGCCAAUCAUCCUCCCUCUCUGGCUCACGCUGCCUGAUGUCAGGAGAGAGACCUCAGAAAGGUUCUUCCCGGUCACUUUCCUCGGCUCCAUCCUUUGGAUUGCGUUCUUUUCCUACCUGAUGGUGUGGUGGGCUCAUCAGGUUGGAGAAACUUUCUGGAUCACAGAAGAAAUCAUGGGUUUGACAAUUUUAGCAGCUGGCACUUCGAUUCCUGACUUGAUCACCAGUGUGAUUGUAGCUCGAAAGGGUCUCGGUGACAUGGCUGUGUCCAGCUCAGUGGGCUCCAACAUCUUUGACAUCACUGUGGGUCUGCCAUUCCCCUGGCUCAUUUUCAACAUUAUCAAUGACUUAAAGCCAGUGGAGGUGAGCAGCAAUGGCCUGUUCUGCGCCAUCGUCCUUCUCUUCCUCAUGCUGCUGUUUGUCAUCAUGUCCAUUGCCGCUUGCAAGUGGAGAAUGAGCAAGAGUCUGGGCUUUCUUAUGUUUUUGCUGUACUUUGUUUUCCUCGUUGUCAGUGUCAUGCUGGAGGACAGAAUUAUUGUCUGCCCCGUUACAGUCUGAGGGAGGGACUCUGGUCAACUGCUGGUCAAACAGCAGAAAUUAAGCAUAACAGCUCAUAUUGACCAUUACAUAAAACAAACAUAUACACACUGUCACUUAAUAUGCACAUAGUAGAGGUCUGCAUAGCCACUGUCCACACACAGACAUACAAGUUUGCACCCACACAGACACACACACACACACACACGGUUGUUGAUGUCAGCUAGGCAGAAGCCGUGACAUAAAUCAAUCUUGCAAAUUCAGGCUGGUGCAUCACAGGCUUUUAUCCGUGGAAAACAGACCUGUGCUUCUUUUAUGGAUUUCAUGCCAUCGAAUAAGAAAUAUUCUCUUUCUCCGACGUGACUGCAAGCAGUUUCUGUUGUUGGCUGAAACAUGCUGAAAAUAAUUGAUGGUCUGUGAAAGAAAAGCCAGAUUGAAAUGUCAGCUGAAGAUCUCAGAAGAAAUUCAGCUGUUUGUUUUUGGUUUGUUGGUUUUUUCAAACAAACCAAGUAUGAGACAUCAUUACUCUUACAAGCAGAUAUUUAGUAUAUAAGAUCAUUAUGAGGGCGAUGUCCAAUACUCCACGUACUUUGCUACAUCAGAGAAAUGUUAUGUGUUUUUAAACACAUUUUGACAUUUGGGGUCAUAUUUGGCAGAAUUGCUUCCCAUCCACUGAAAUCUAUUGUAGCACAUAUCAAAUACUAAAUAGUUGCUGUACAUGGAUAAAACUGGCUAAGGUUGUCAGUACUGCCUAAAUAUGUAUAUCCCAACUAUCUAUAACGAGCUUGUGAACAUGACUUCUUUGGUUCUGGCUGCCUUUACAUUGCAUGACUUUAGUGAAGGGUUGAUUCCCAGAGAUGCAGUUUGGACAAAGAGUGCUGGACUAAAGAUUAAGAGAGGUUGUUUUAUUUUACUUGUUAAACUUCAAGGUUAUUUUUCAACUUAUAUGUUCCUGAAAAAAGAGUGUUCAAUAUAAGCGAUAUCACUGCUUUUCAUCUGUAUUAUUUUGAUGUAAAACAACUAAUGUACUGUAAAAGAUAACACAGAUUUGUGUUAUUUCUGUUAGACUUACAGGUUGUAAGCCAUUGUGCAGUUAGUGACAUAACGCUGAGUAAAAAGCAUGGAAUUUUACAUCCCUAGUAGUAGUAAGAAAACACAGUACAAUGUUAAAAAAAUUUCUUCGGGAUUGAAUGGAAAUGUUUAAGGAGGUUGUAAUUUUAAAUACUUACAGAAAAAUACAAUAAAGAAAUGUUAAACUGAAGAAAGGCUUUUACUUCUUUGGCAUUUUCUCUGAUGGUGCGAAAUUUUUACUCUAUUGUUGUUGUUUCAUGAGCAAAAUCCAACUGCUGUGGCCCAUUUAGUAACAUGGGGCCUUGCUAAAAAGGCAAGUUAGUAUCCAUAUUGUCCAUCUUGAGCAUUUUGCACCACCUGUUGCUACCAACCGCCUGUCCUCUUAUACAGCAUAGACCUCAGGUGGCUUAAAAUCUCUUCUAACCUGCCCCUAAAUACUCAAAAUAAAUAAAUCACCAAAAAAAAAGUUCUAAAGGAAAAAUUAUUUUUCCCUCGGUUCUCAGGAGAAUUUGAAGCAGACUUUAAUCUGGGCAAUAAUUUAUAACUCUUGAAGGAAUGAAAAAUAGUUUAUCUGAAUUUCAGGAGCAUGUCCACACCGCAAACAAUGCCCUUUCGGUCAUACACCUAUAAAUGCCUACACAUAUAUUUCUGCACUCCCUUCCAUUUUUCUCUAGUCAGCCUCUGCCGAUUCUUCCCCAAACCGUUGUCUCUGGCCUACCUUGUUGCUUCAUUUGAAUAAACCUUUGUCAUUUGGGUUGGGGUCCUUGCUAGUUAAAUGAGCUGUAGACCAUUAUCACCUCCCUCUGCUGUUAAUUCCUGGAAGUGCAAACAUUAGCAGUUAAAACAAGUAAAAAAUAAAUAAAUAAUGGAAACAAUAUAGCGCAUCAUUGUUAAAAUUAUUCUUGGAUUUUUUUUUAUUCUGUAUGCUAAUAUUGAAAAGAUGUCAUGAAAAAUAUCAGCUUUAUUCAGGUACAUAUAUGUAUACAUAUAUAUUUCUGAUUUUUCUUUUCAUUUUACUUUAACUUUAUUCUUAUUUUUUUUUAAAUAAGUGUACAAUUUAUUUCCAUAAAACUGAUACCAACUAUUCCGAACGUCAAAAUGUGUGUUUAUUGUGUAUUUUUAUGUAUACUACUUUUUUGUAAUCGUUAAUUAAGACUAAUGUGAUUGUAAGCGUUUGUAUGUCAAAGUCAUAACAUACAGCAGCUUAUAAAACUCAGCACAAUGUUCUCAGACUCCAGCUCAGAUUUAGCCAGUCUAUGCAGUAUCACUACUACAUUUUUCGUGCUUUGAUGGAUCAUAAGAAUGUGAGGAAUGUAUGUGAAUGAGUGUAUUUAGAAAGAUUCAUUCUGACCAGUUUCAACAACAAUGUUAUAAUGUUCUACUUGAAACAUGUAUUAUACUGUAAAAACAUAUAUAAUUUAUCUCUGUAUAAAAUGUUAUAUGAUCAAAUAAAUUAAAAAAAAAUCAA